CCCUUCUAUAUAUUCUCUAUUCUAUGGUUACAGUUUGACUUUGCAUCAAAUGUACACGUCAGCAAUCCUUUGUUGUUCAUGAUUAUAAUGCAAACAAAAGAACAAUUAUGCAUAAUUCAUUUGUAUUUGUUCAUCAAUAUCCCCACCUAUUGCUUGAUGGCUACGGUUGGAUAUUGUGCUGCUCAUGUGAUGCAAAUAGAAAGCAAUUUGUUGAAGCCCUACCUAAUAAUAUACAAUUAGAUCCUCAAAAAGAUAUACCAUAUCCCAGUUGCAUACACAUAUUAGCAAUGGAAAAAUAUCUGGUUGUGUAUGAUAGAAAGUUUGGUAUUGAAGCCAAAGAUUUUAUUGAAAAAAAAUCCACAUCCAUGAUGCAGUCUGUUUUCAGUGAUCAUUCCUACCAUGAGAUGCGACCUGAAGAAGACUUGUUUAGUGCAGUGUGCAGGGAGUUUCAGUGGAUUGCUGUAAAACCAGUGAAUAGUCCAUGGGGGGUUUGUACUUUUGUGUAUUCAAAAGUAAUGCCGCCCCAGCCCGAGUUAAAAUGUUGCAGCUAUUCGUCAUAUCAUUGCAUUCAUGUGACAACCCUUGCAAAAGCCAUGCAAAUCGUUGAAGAGGAUGAAAUGGAUUCUCCAUUGGCACUUUUUAAGUGUUCCUUUGGAAUUACAACAGAGAUGCGAGACUAUUUUGAAUUGGCUACACAUAGCAAAGAAAAGGUUUCUUUAUUUGAAACAGGCAAUGAGAAUGAUGCAAGCGAUUUUACUGAUCUUCCUGAAAAAAAUGGUCAUAAAAUUUUGGCGCCAUCUGAAAGUGGUAUUUGUUCUUGUGGUGCAGAGUGGGAUAAACGUUCUAUUCAAGAUGAAUGGUUGUACGUAGACGUGUGUUCAGUUGCGUACUUAUAUUCAAUCCAUGAUGUGAAGGUGUAUUGUAGACCUUGCUCCUCUUGUGCUACGAAAAAGCAUUAUGAUGGCAUUGAAAACAGGAUUGUAUGGUUUGGAUCAUAUGCAAUAUCUCAUGCCGUUCUAAAAGAUUACAUUCGGCUUUUCAUAACGUCGAGUUUACCUAUGUACAAAUAUUAUGUUGCGUAUGUACAAAGGCAAGUGUCUUCGGGUAAUUUUAAUUUCCCAAAGGAAAUAACUUACGCCAAGUUUCGUCUCGCUAUCAUUGCCAUGAUACGGUUGCUUAAUAUUGAUUUUGACAAUGGGUUUUUUUGUGAAUUAUUUGGAAGAAUUCCCCAAAAGGUGGUGAUGGAUGGAACAACUCUUGGAAUACAGAAAACUUUCUUACCAAAUAAUUUAAGAGAGUCUGAUACUGGAUUGCUAGAUGGAAGUAGGUUUGAAAUGCGCAAUUUCAUCAACAGGAGAAAUGUGCGAGCUUUAUUGAAGAAGUACAGUGAUUCAAAGCUAAGUUGGGACGAAUUUCAAGAAUUAAAAUCUGAAAUAUCUUCAAAGGGGCUUAGGACUCUACUUGAAUGGUUAGAGAAACAAGGAUUUAUCACUAGUUGUCCAAACUCGUGCAGAAGGUUAUUGGCAGCAUUGGCUUCUGACAAACCAGUAUGCGCAAUUGUGCCCCCCAAAGAAGAAGUUUUGGACCUCUUGAUAAGGAUGUCUGAUGGAGCCAAUCCAAAGACAAUCCUUCGACUGAUUUAA